AUGUCCAGGAAACAGCACUUCAUCAUUAGGCCAUUCAUCUUGAUAUAUUUAAUAUACAUCUGCAGGGCGCUGUUGACAUCCACCUCAUCUUCAAACAACUACUUACGACUCUCAAUAAUUGAAGAAGUUCCAGCCGGCAGCUACGUGGGCAGUGUCAUCGUCAACGGCGAUUCCAGCCGACGACCAUCGCCUGAAACUUCAUCUCGCUUAACCUACCAAAUAUUAACGACUCCUGCUCUGCCCUUCAGCGUGGAAAACAGGACUGGAAAGAUUUACACGGAAGGAAGUAUCGAUCGGGACAGCUUGAUGCUCUGCAAGGACAAGGCGACGUGUGAAGUCAAACUCGAUGUCACGGUCAAAAAUGAAAAAUAUUUUGAAAUUGUGAAAGUGAUUGUAGAAAUUCUUGACAUUAACGACAAUGAACCAUACUUCAAAGACAAAUCGGCAACAAUUUUCAUUCGGGAGUCAGUUUCGGUAGGAACAACUUUUCAACUUCCCGUUGCGUAUGAUUUAGAUGGCCCGAAAUAUGCAGUGAAACUGUACAAAUUGUCUGAAUGCAGUACAAACAACGUUGGUUUGAAAGUCCUUCGGCGAGAAGAUUCGUCGUUGGACCCGCGGUUGGUCGUCAUGUCCGCACUGGAUCGAGAAACGGAGGAAGAAUAUUCUGCCAAGCUGACUGCCUACGACGGAGGAGAGCCAGCGAAAUCAGCAAGCAUCGAUUUGAAGAUUGUCAUCGCUGAUGCAAAUGAUAACAAACCAGUUUUUGAAAAAACGAUUUACGAAAUUAACGUCAAUGAAGAUGUAAAGGUUGGAUCGAUUAUAGCAAAAAUUAAGGCUCACGACAAAGAUGUUGGUGAGAAUGGCAUAGUGACGUACCAACUGUUGGAUCAGGUGUACAACACGUACGGAUCAACAUUCGCAAUAGACAGGUCAAGCGGCUAUUUGAAAGUGAACAGCAAGUUAGACAGAGAAACCAUAUCGAUUUAUCAUUUGACAGUUCUUGCGGAGGACCAAGGUCCAGGGUCAGUUGCAGUUGAUGCCAAAGUGGUCAUCAGAGUUCUUGAUGUUAACGACAACAAACCAAAAAUUAUCAUCAGCACGUUAACUAGCAGAGACACCGAAGUGACGGAAGUCUGGGAAAACCAAACCGGAAGUUUUGUGGCUCACGUGACUGUCACUGAUCCUGACAACGGUGUUAAUGGAACUGUCAGAUGUAGUUUCGUACUGAAAAAUAAAAAUCCUCAUGAAAAAAAUGACAAUAAUUUCCAAAAAACAAACAAUAGUGAUAAGGAGAAAACUUCGCAUAUGUUAAGAGUGCAUUCCAUGUUUCAGCUUGUAAAGAGGUACAACACAGAGUAUCAGAUCAUAUUGAACGGAUCGCUGGACAGAGAGGAGUGCAGCAGCUACACGUUGAAGCUGACGUGCGAAGAUGAAGGAGCUCCAGCCCAGCGCAGUCACAAGAGCCUCGAGAUUAUCGUGAAAGAUGUCAACGACAACCCACCCGUCUUUGAGAAAGAAUUUUACGUCGUUGAUGUACUUGAAAACAAUUUCAUCAAUCAGAAAUUUUUAAAGCUGGUCGUGUCUGACGCCGACCAGGAACCCAGCAAUUUCAUACAAUUUUUUUCAUCGCUCGUCAAUGUAACCCACUCAUCACCAUCAUCGUCGUCGUCAUCAUCAUCCUCAACACAAGUAUCAUUAUCGUCACUGCCAACUUAUGUAAAAACUGAUGAACAUGGAAACAUGUACUUAACGGAAGUGCUGGACAGAGAAUCAAUUGAAAUGUUAUCCAUCCAAGUCCUGGCAGUUGAUUCAGGCACAAUCAGGUUGACAGCAACAGCGAGCGUUCAUGUUAUCGUCGGCGAUGUCAACGAUGAAAAACCGCAAUUCAUAAACGCCGAUAAUGAAAAUAGACAUUCAGUGAACGAUAAAUUUUUUGAAAAUAUUAAUAUGAACAAAAAGCACCAUUUUUUUGACAACUACAACUUAACUCUCAGUUAUCCUCUCUACGUCUUCCACGUUGAAGAAAACAACGAACCUAACACGGCCAUCGGUCAAAUACUGGCUGUGGAUCGUGAUGUCAGUGCAUCUAACAACGAAGUCACCUACUGGUUUAACACGGGACCACCAUCAUUAGCUUCCUCCAUCACAACUUCAUCAUCUUCCUCCUCCACCAUGUCAACUAAAUUGUCAUAUGACGGGUUAAAUGAAGAAAGAGUAUAUCUAAAUAAUAGAUCCGGUUUAUUUGAAUUGGAUUCCGUAAGUGGAGUGUUGAGAGUGGCCGUCGGUUUGGACCACGAAUCUCAGUCCGUGUUCAAACUUUCAGUAGUUGCCGUUGAUUCUGGCAGACCGACACAGAUGGCGCACUGUGACGUUACAAUCCAUGUUGCCGACCUCAAUGAUAAUGAUCCUGUCUUUGAAAAGUUCUUCGUACAUCAAUCACAACUAGUUGUAAAGUAUAAACAAAAAAAUGUGAUUGAGCAACAAAAUGAAAAACAGCUAGAAGUUGAUCAACUUUUGUUAAGACAUCCAAUGAAUGAAACUCAUUAUGAAAUGUUUCCUUUUCAAAAUGUCCUCGCUGAACAUUCAAGUGUUGGUGCUUUCGACAACAAUACAAAUCGGCCAGUGAUCUACAUAUCGCCCAUGACACCGGUCAACAAAAUCAUCUUCAAAACACUAGCAAGCGAUGCUGACCGCGGCGAAAACGCAAAAAUAACUUACUCCAUGCAGUACAAAAAUUUUAGCGACGAAGGAUAUUUUGAAAUUAACAAGAACAAUGGAAUAGUGUCGGUUCAAAAACUCCUGUCAAACAUUUUACAUAAGGAAGUGACCAUCAUUUUAAGAGCAACUGACCGCGGUUUGCCUGCGAGAUGGACUGAGGCAGUUAUUGAUGUCGUCAUCAACCACACCGUCCCGUACAGCCAACAUUUUUAUGAUUACAGUGAAAGAGCUGAAGACGACUAUCAGGUUAGAACUGUUUGA